UAUCUAGGAUAUGCUGAUUUUGUUUGAUUACUAAAUGUGUAUUCAAGUGGUUACAGACUUCAAUAUCGACCUGAUGCUGAGAGUCAACUAUGUACAACGCUUGUGUUACAGAAAGUCUGUUAAUUUUAAGUGUGUGGGAGGAUUAAGAUUUCUGAUUCUGGCAAAGUUUACCUAACGCGCACUGUAAGUGUCAGAGACUCACACACACAUAGCUAAACAAAAAGAAAGAUGUGCCUUUACAAAGAAUACUAAGGUAGUGUGUAGAAACCUAUGUACAAGUUAUAGAAGAUCGCCAAACGAAAUCGCUCCUUUAUCAUUACCUCUCCUACUUUAUUUCUUUAAGCACAAGUGAACAACUGCUACUGUGCAUGCAGCAUGCACUCGAUAUUGUGCGUUUAGUAGUUCAUAGACGAGUCUUGCUGAUAAGGCCAAAAGGAGUGUGUCAUCGAACUGAGAUGUGUCCCCACUAAACAAAACCCAGCUGACAUCCUGGCCUGAGGUUCUACGUUGCAUGACCUGAAAACCAACAGCUUAUGGCAUGAGGGACCAGCCUUCCUCCGCCAAGAGGGGAUAGCUGAGCCGUAUGUUGAAGAACAAGAAUCUCCCAUCUGACAAAAAAAUGUGAUCACAGCCACCCUGAGAGAGCUCAGUGAAGAAGGAACUCUGACUUUGGAAAUUGCAGGAUUGUUGGAGCCUAGGGUUGAGGGCUACUGCCAAGAGAGUAGUUGGGAGGUGUAGAGCAUGUAUCAUGGCUUUCAAGCCUCUUCUCCAUCAACCACCACAUUGACCCCUCCCAACUGACCGAGCACUCAUGAUACGUCCCUUUGACAAGGUUGGUGUAGACCACAUGGGCCCCAUCCCAGUAGAAGGAGGAGUGAGCCACAUUCUGAUUGUCACCUGUUUAGCCAGCCAUGCAGUGUAUAUAGACUAUUGCAGCGGUUUGGACGCUGAUACCUUCAAUUUACUCCUCUGAAGAUUUGCUGCUAUCCAUGGUGCCCCCAUCACUUUGUUCAGUGAUAACGCAAUGACCUUCCGUGCAGCAAGUACCUUUCUGCAGGAGAUGUAUAAUGAGGAUGUCAUUAAACAAUUCCUGCGUUGGACAGGAAUAAGGUGGAUCUUCCGGACUCCCAGGUCUCCCUAGAAAGGGGGAUUCUUCGAGAGGUUAAGAUGAGCGGUCAAAAGGACGUUGGCUACCACACUACGCUGUAACAUCUUCAGCAAAGAACAGCUGUGAACCUCAUAAAAGAGGCAGAGGCUAAUGUUAACAACCGCCCCUUAAUGUACACCGGGGACAUGCGUGAGAAUGAAGCCCUCACCCCAUCGCACCUCAUCCGUGGAGAUGUAGUUCGUCUGCUACCACCCUUGGUUCCUAAUGAAGAUAUACAUCUGACGUUAACGACUAGUCAGCUACGUUAACAGUGCUUCAAGCAGGUUGACAGUCCCUCAACCGCUUCAGACUCUACUGGAAGGAAGGUUACCUGAAGUCACUACAGGAGCACCACGCCCUACGAGAGGCCCCCCCUGACGGCACUGCGUGAAGGUGACAUCAUGUGUUGGUGAAAGCAAAACAGCGCAAACACAGUCAAUGGCCCCUCAGUAAGAUCAUCGAGCUUUACCCUGAUGACAAAGGCGUUGUCAGGUCGCUGAAAGUACUAUUCGAAGAUGAUGAGCGUCUUCGAGCAUUACAACACAUCCUCCCGCUUGUGAUUAAUGCCCACGAGGAUGAGCGAGAAGAGACCCAGAACAAUGACAGUGAUGAAACAACAGGUUGUAGUCAUCCAAUUAACAUCAAUUGGGCAGAUGGAGCUCCAGGGUUAACUUGUACAUUUCCACGUGGACGGGAGUUGCGAGAGAUUUGAGUGACUUCGGUGACCAUGAUGAUGUACAGUUUCAGCGUGCUUAUUUGACCAGGCAACAUACACCAACAUAAAGAGGAACUGUGAUUGCAAGAGAGAGAAAUUACACUAGAAAGAUGCCAUCGUCCUUGUACCAGCUUGCUCCCAACCGGAUCGAAUGGUUGCUGAUAUUGCUCUUAUGUUUUGCGGUACGUUGCAAAGGAGACUUGACAUUGAUACAUGAGGUUGGAGAUGGUAACGGAAAUCCUUGGGUUGGAUGGGGAUACUCGAUGCUACCAUCGACUUUUCCCCUGACUUGGGACGAAGCAAGAGAAGCUUGCGAGGUGACCCCUGGAUCCAUGCUGGCAAGAGUUGAUGAAUGGGAAGGAGAGGCAGCUUUAGCUGAAUAUUUGAAGGCUGUUAGCAUGAAAAACCCGCUAUGGUUAGCCAACCGACAGACCCUGCCUGAAGUGUUACAAGAUGAGCAACAAGAGAUGCAUCAUCUUUCAGUUCAUGAAAAAGGUACUGCUGAUGAUGUGGACCUUUCCAAUGCAGGAUCAAUGAGUCUUGCCAGGGGGGAUUUGACUGUUGGUGGUGAUGUAGGCGUUACACUGAGGUGCUCUAUCUACAUCCUUGGAGUUGGAAUUAUUCAUGAACUAUGUUCAUCUCGUUCGGUGUCUGCUGCUCUUUGUGUUCAGCGAUUGUCAACUAAGAGGCCUCUGUCCAAUAUCUGUCCUCCAUCUUUUCAUCACACCUGGUUAUUAGUCAACCGCCAAAGCGAAGCCACAGUAAUGCCAGGAAAUGCUGAUACGUCAGUAACUGUUACAGGAUUACAACAGUGUCAUCAUCGACAGUUAGGCCAAACAUUUUGCCAUCUGAAGAAUGGAUGGUCAAAAGUAGUUUGCCCGUCUACUGAUGGAUCAGCCCAAAUAUCAAAACAUCAUAAAGGCAAGAACCAUCAUAAAUAUCAUCAUGGAGAUGGUCAUGGAUAUCUACGACAGUCUCAGAGAGGCAUAUUUUCCUCUAAGGAUGCCGGGCUUUUCAGUCAUGUUAAAGCACUUUCAGACGAAACACCGAAUUAUGCAAAAUUGUUAACGGAUGAUAACGUCAGAAGCAAAAGGAAUACACAGCAUACCGGACACUCCCUGUCAGAAUUCAUUAAGGAACACAGAGAACAAGACUUAUUGAGACUUUCUCCAACUCCUGAGGUUCGCUUUCUUUCAAGAGACCAAGGGCUGAAUCUAGAUAUGAUUGAGAGCGUAAUGCAAGACCUUUCAAAACCAAAGAGAAGGAAACACAAGAUUCCCGAAAAGGAGAACAAUGAUAUUCCACGGCCACAGGAAGUUCCAAGAGAAAAUGAGCAGCCUCCCAAAAUGAGUAAUGGGACUGAGGACCCUUCGCAACAGAUUUCUGUAACUGAAGAAUAUGUAGAAUUAGCUACAAGAAAAACACACAUGUUAGAAAAUUAUAGCAGUGGACAAAAGGAAGCCCCUAGUGCUGAAGACUUCAUUCACAGCACUAAUCGUGCUAUUUUACAUCAAAAUAUUGCUGAAACUACUGCAACUGUCCCAGAAAUUAAUAAAAAAAUAAUGGAUAAUGAAACUAAAUUGAAUGAAGGAAUUCACCUGAAUCAAGAUAUUGCGGUUGAAAAAGUAGGCUCCGGGCCUUCUAUUCAGACUGGUUUGGGGCCAAUAAUUGUCGAUGAUUCAUUUCCCGAAACACUGACUAUAGUGGAGGCAGUGGCACAAGAACCUAUGGAUGAGUUGAUGGGACCAGCGAUUCCAAUUGAUGUUGACGUUAGGGAAAAACAGACACCAAGAAAUGAAACCAAAGAUCGUUCAUUGAUUAUUUUUCCAGAAGUACCAGUUGGGACUGUCCUUGACUCCACAGUUCGCAAUUUUCUUGAGAGUCAUAGUAAAUCAACAUCUGCAAAUCCCAACUUACAGGAGAAUUUAGACUGUCAAAAGAAUGCUGACAGUAUUAAAGAAGCCACAUUAUCACCGAGCACAGAUGGAACUGAAAACCCUAAUUUUAAUCCAAUACUUUUUCCACGAUAUAUGAAUGAAAUCACUGAGGAAACAUUCACCGGAGAUAUUUUCACCACAGACCCCUCAAAUGAUCAGAGUGUGAUGGAAGUGCCUGGGAAUGAAAAUCUCGGUAAAAAUACAAACCUCUCUGAGCAAAUCACAGAGGAAAUAGACAUUCAGAACGUAAGUGAAAUAAAUGAAGUGGGAGCUACAGAUAAAGGGCUCGAAACUAAAGAACACAGCGGAGGAACGACAAAUAAGGAAACUGGUCAAGACGCAAAGAACGUUGGAAAAGAAGACACUGAGGAAAUAGAUGGUAAGAACUUUAACAAAGGACAAAUUUCACAAAAUGUUGAUAAAUCUCUCGACAAUGAAAGCGAGAAAGACAACACCGAACAGAAAACAGGACCUAAUGAAGACAGUGGAAAUGGUAGUAACAAGGAAGAGAGAGACCACAUCGAAGAUAAAGACGGCAUGGUGAUUAAAAAAGAAACAAAUGUCAAAGAAGCAGAGGAAAGGGACCGCCAAAGCAACGCACAAGAAAAAGGGAACAAUAAAACUAAAAACGGAAAGAAUAUGACAGAUACUGAAGACAAUGGCAAAAAGAACAAUAAUGGAGGAAGCGAAAGAGACAUUAUUAGUGCCAACAGAGAGACUGAAACCUUUGAGGAUGAGCCAGUCAUUCCCGAAACAAUGCCAGAAACUAUAACUGAAAAACAAAGCCUAGAGGAGAAGGACGUAAGAACGUCAGACCAAGGGAAAGAGGUGUUAUUAAGUCAAAUAUUUAAAGCAUUAUUUGGUUAAGACCUAAUGAAGUGUCUUUCAAGAUUUCUUUUUCUUUCUUUCUUUUUUGUGUCAUAGGCUGUACAAAUCCGUCUAUGGUACGUUAAUAUGUCUUUGUAGAUGACGUUUCUUUCAUGAGUGUGCAAGAUUAGAAAUUUAGAAUAAUUUUUGUCUUACAAAACCUUCAUGUAUUAUAUGACUAAAUAGUAACUAUAAAUAUAGUUAGCGUUGUUGCACGUGUUAAAAUUUUUAAGUGUAUUAGAAAGAAACACAACUCCUUUGUUAUGUGAAUUAGAUAAAAAAAAAAAAAAAAAAAAUUUGCAAACUUUCAAAAGUAAAGUGCAUUGAAGGAUAUAGUCAGAAAUUCUCAAUAACUGUUUCUAAACAUUUAUCGUGUUUUUAUCAAUUUUCAUUUUUCCUUGAAAUUUUCUCAAUGAAAAGGUAAAGCUCUAAUUAAUGUUACACCGAGUCUCCAUAUAACAUAUAUAAAACGUAACAUGCUCUGAAAAGAUAAAUAUGAUUCUGUAAUUUCUGUAAAUAUCCUGUACUGUUAAUGUAACAGUACUUCUUUUUAGGAGUAAGGUCUUGAGCUGAAAAUAGCUGUUAAUAUUUUUAAUUCAUUUACAAAACUAGUCAAUUCUAUGUAAAGAAUGGAUGCUUUUGUCCAACGAAAAUAAUGCUCUAGUACCU